AAGGAGAAAUUUCAAGAGAGAGAAAAGGGUGUUCCAGAUUUUGAUUCUUUUGUUGGACGACUUUUUUGUGAUUAGACGAGUCUACCCCUGUGAUCUAGAAAAGAUGAAUUUCAUCCGAGGCUGAGCUCCAAGCACUCGUUUUUAAAACAAAGAGGGCGGGCACUGGACACACAAGAGGCCAACAAUUAUCGUGAAGAGAGAGAGAGAGAGGGCGCAGGAGAGAGAAAGUCGCACCACAGGAGGAGGAAAAGAGCAGGACGCAAUUUCCUUAACUUCAAGGCUUCCAAAGAUUAGAUUAAGAGAUGGCAGAAGCUGAAGAUAUUCAACCUCUUGUUUGUGACAAUGGAACUGGAAUGGUUAAGGCUGGAUUUGCUGGAGACGAUGCUCCAAGGGCCGUCUUUCCCAGUAUUGUGGGGCGCCCUCGUCACACUGGGGUGAUGGUUGGGAUGGGCCAAAAGGAUGCCUAUGUGGGUGACGAGGCUCAGUCCAAGAGAGGUAUUUUGACACUGAAAUAUCCGAUCGAGCAUGGAAUUGUCAGCAACUGGGAUGAUAUGGAGAAGAUUUGGCAUCAUACCUUCUACAACGAGCUUCGUGUGGCCCCAGAAGAGCACCCGAUCCUCUUGACCGAAGCUCCUCUUAACCCCAAGGCCAAUCGUGAAAAGAUGACCCAAAUCAUGUUUGAGACCUUCAAUACCCCUGCUAUGUAUGUCGCCAUUCAGGCUGUUCUCUCUCUCUACGCCAGUGGACGUACAACAGGUAUUGUUCUCGACUCUGGGGAUGGUGUGAGCCAUACAGUACCAAUCUAUGAGGGUUAUGCUCUCCCCCAUGCAAUCCUCCGUCUUGAUCUUGCUGGUCGUGAUCUCACCGACAGCCUCAUGAAGAUCCUCACAGAACGUGGCUACAUGUUCACGACUACAGCAGAGCGGGAAAUUGUGAGGGACAUUAAGGAGAAACUAGCCUACAUUGCCCUCGACUAUGAACAAGAGCUCGAAACUGCAAAGACGAGCUCUGCUGUGGAGAAGAACUACGAGCUGCCUGAUGGACAGGUGAUCACUAUCGGAGCUGAAAGGUUCAGAUGCCCCGAGGUCCUCUUCCAGCCCUCAAUGAUCGGGAUGGAAGCUGCUGGCAUUCACGAAACCACCUACAACUCCAUCAUGAAGUGUGAUGUUGAUAUCAGGAAGGAUCUGUACGGUAACAUCGUCCUCAGUGGUGGCUCGACCAUGUUCCCAGGUAUUGCUGACCGGAUGAGCAAGGAGAUCACGGCUCUUGCCCCGAGCAGCAUGAAGAUUAAGGUGGUGGCUCCACCGGAGAGGAAGUACAGUGUCUGGAUCGGAGGGUCCAUCCUGGCUUCUCUCAGCACGUUCCAGCAGGUAAGUUCGACAUUUAAAUGUUCCCUAAAUGUGCCAAUAACUGUUACAGAUUUCAGGUUGAUUGAUUAAAUUUUGUUUUUUAUUGCAGAUGUGGAUUUCUAAGUCCGAGUAUGAUGAGUCUGGCCCUUCAAUCGUGCACAGAAAGUGCUUCUAAGACAAAAGUUGCCUUGCAAGAGGAGUCAUAAAAUCAUAAGAUUGUUGAUGCUUUGCUUUUUUUUGCUUAUUCCUUUUAUCCGAGUCUUUAAGAUUUGAUCAUUGUGACAGAAAAAGAAAAAAAAAAAAACAUCAUGUCUAAAAAAUUAUUCAAUUUUUCCCCCUUGAAAUAUUACUUUGUAGAAGAGUUGUGUAUUAUUACUCAAUGGUAUUAUGAUUUGAGUUUUGGAUGGAGGCCAGAUGUUUAGUAUUUAUCAUCUGUUUGUUGAUUGGUAGUCAUCUACUACUGUAAUCGUUAUACGAGUUUGUAAUGGCAGACUGAAUCUUGGGAUUGUUGCUA